UCCCACCCAUCUCCAUCUUAAUUAAUUAGCUCAAGAAAAUUUAAAGCUCAACACACUACUACUGCAUGAAGAUGGCACUGUUAUGCUCUGUGCAGUUCUUCAUCAUGAUUAAUCUUGUGGUUUUGUCCAUUUUCAGCACUAGCUUGCAUGCAACUGACCCUCCUUUGACACUGGACUACUACAAAUCCACAUGCCCUACUGUGCUUGAGAUUGUGAGGAAGGACAUGGAAUGUGCGGUGCAAUCGGAUCCGCGCAACGCCGCCUUUAUUCUCCGCCUGCACCUCCAUGACUGCUUUGUUCAGGGCUGUGAUGGAUCGGUUUUACUGGACGAUACGAUCACUCUGCAAGGAGAGAAGAAAGCUUCAAUCAACAAGCAUGCGCUGAACGGAUUCGGGAUCAUUGACAGAAUCAAGAACAAGCUGGAGUCUGAAUGCCCAGGCAUCGUCUCCUGUGCCGACAUUCUCACUGUUGCUGCAAGAGAUGCAGUUCUUCUGGUUGGGGGGCCUUAUUGGGAUGUUCCUCUGGGUAGGAAGGACUCCAAAUCUGCAGGCUAUGCUCUGGCUGAUUUGAAUCUUCCAACGGGAGAUGAGGGGCUUCUUUCUAUCAUCUCCAAGUUUAUCUACCAAGGCCUCUCAGUCACUGACAUGGUAGCUCUUUCUGGGGCUCAUACAAUCGGCAUGGGGCGGUGCACGAACUUCCGGGCAAGAAUCUAUGGCGAUUUUGAAGCAACUUCAGGGAUGAAUCCAAUUUCAAAGACAUAUCUGAGCAACCUGAGAUCCAUCUGCCCAGCUGCUGGCGGUGGAGACGACAAUGAAACCGCCAUGGACUAUCUUACACCAAACCUCUUCGACAACUCCUUCUACAGCAUACUACUGAGAGGGGAGGGGCUGCUAAACUCUGAUCAAGAACUCUAUUCCAGCGUCUUUGGGGUUGAAACAAAGAAGCUCGUCCAAAAAUAUGCAGAAAAUUCAGUGGCUUUCUUUGAGCAGUUCUCGGAGUCCAUGGUGAAGCUGGGGAACAUCACAAAUCCAGACAGUUUUGUCAAUGGAGAAGUUAGGAAGAAUUGCAGGUUUGUGAACACAUGAGUUAAUUGAUUUGUUGGUUUUGCAGCAGUGUUUCUUGACAAGAAGUGGCUGAAUUGCCACGGAUUUGAUUUAAUGUAGCACAGAUGAUAUUAAAAGCUGAAGUUUGUCUUUUGAUGUAUCAUUCACAUUCAUUUGGUUGCCUGCUUAAAAGAAAAGUUUGCAGGGUUGUUUCUGGUUGCAACUGUAAUGUUGUUUCUUUGUUAUUAAUUCUAUGAAAAGUUGAUCAAUCUCA